CUCUGUUUCCUGGGCUGCAGGGUGAGAAACUGCAUUUAAUAAGAUUACACAAUAACAAGUGUGAGAGACAGGCUGUGGGAGUGUUGAAGACAAAAAAAAAAGAAGAGAUAGGUGUGUGAAAUUAAAGGGGGGGACAGAUAUGUUACUCAGUGCUGUGGGAGGUCUGUAUGUAGGCAAAACAGGAUGGCCUUCCUCCCCACCUACAGAUGUUUACUCCCACCCAUCACCCUCCUCUGCUGUCCCACAUUGGUUGUCUUUCCAGUCUGCACACAGUGUAAAGGGGCAUUUGAGUGUAAAUAACUCCACCCUUCUCCAUUUAUACCAUGAAUAGAUGUUUGACUUUCAACAUAUAAAGACGUGGUGGCUUUAUGUUGUGUCAGCCAGCACUAAUAUGCAGCUUUUCCUGGUGCUAAAUAAUAAGAAAAAAGGGGACCAAAACAAGCCUAAAUGAGUGGAGUAAUGGGGUAUGACGUCCUGCCAUGAGGCUCUCCAGAACAGUAGGUGGCGGUAUGCGCCUAUAAGUCUUGCUCACAAAACCCACGAAGAAGAAAGUUUGACGCCUUCACUUCCGCAUCCAGUGACAGUGCAACAACAUGGACGCGGCGGUUGAUGUUAGCCAGGAGACCGGGCUCGCCGGCGAAAGCGGUGCCGCUAAAAUACAGGAGCGACUUCAGAAACGGCACCAGACGAGGAUCGAGGACGCCGAGCGGAGGAAGGAAGCUAAAGAGAGCCAGUCAGUCGCGGAGGAGAAGGGUGAGUACUUCUCCAGCGCCUUCAAUACGGAGCGGGAGUCCAUCGAGGAGCUGCUGUCCAGCUGCUCCGGAGCGGACCGGGCUGUGGUGACCCAAAGGCUCGAGGAGGCGACGGCCAAAACACUCCAGCUACAGAAGUUUCUGAACGACAGCAUGAUGUUUCUGAAGCAGUACGACCUGAGACAAGCCCAGGCUGCUCUCCAGAAGCUCCAGACGUCCAUCACUGAGACCAGAGAGGAGGCUAUGCCCAAGAAGAAGUUUGCCUUUCGGUCUCGCACUAAAGCAGCAGAUAAAGUCUCUACACCGGACACGCCGUCACCUGAUGCUGAGUCUGGUGUCACCACGGUGGAUGGAGCUGCAGCCAGUGAGCAGACCUGCUUCUCCAACAUGGAGAACGAUCGUCUGACAAAGACAGCAGAGGAGAUCCAGAAACGAGACGUCCUGUUGACUCACCUGACAAACUGCAAGGUCCGGCUGUUCGGUUCCCCCAGCACGCUGCACCUGAAGCACAUCGACAGCUGUGAGAUCCUGUGCGGGCCCGUGUCCAGCUCAGUGUUCAUCGAUCAGUGUAAGAACACCACCCUGGCCUUCCCCUGUCAGCAGCUGCGGACCCACAACACCACAGACACACAGGUGUAUCUGCACGUCACCAGCCGAGCCAUCAUAGAGGACUGUCGCGGGGUGAGUGUCGCCCCAUUCACCUGGUCUUAUCCCACCCUGGAGGAGGACUUCAAAGUGUCUGGCUUGGACCAGGACCGAAACAACUGGAGCCAGGUGGACGACUUCAACUGGCUCGCUGCGGGCACACCGUCCCCUAACUGGACUGUCAUUCCAGAGGAAGACAGGAAAACCAGCUGGGAUCCCUAGACAUGAGACAUUUAAAACCUGUGUUUGCUCAAAUACACGUCAAACAAACCAUCAAAUGAAAUUCUCUCUGCCAGAGUAAACAAAUAUAAUCGAAUCCAUGCUCUUUCACAAACGAUGUUUUUCCUUUUAAUCACUGGCUGUAAAGUUUGGUUGGUCUAGAUGCUGCUUCAUCGCUACAGAGCUGAGAAAUGGGCUGUUUGUAUGUUAAAGCACUAAGAUGUUUAAAUUAAAAUAUACACAUACACACAAGCUGCAUCACAGCAGUUAACUAAAUAUAAUUCACAGGAUUUGGUGGCACAAUAUUGUCCAAUUUCCUCUGUGCCACCUAGCAUAUAAUCAAGACGGAAAAUUCCAUGUCUGUGUUGAUAUUUGACAAACUGAUUUUAAUUAACAUUCAAUACAGAAUUCAGCUUUUGUACACCUUUAGGAUUGUCAGGUGUGUAGGAGGAGACAGAGCGCGCUGUCCACUCAUUAAACUUAACUACAACUGAAGUGGACAGUGUGUGGGAGGUUUUUUUUUCUAGUAAAAAUUAAAUACAGAUCAUGAUCUCUGACAGACUUCAACCAAAGUGAAUGUUACAGAUUAGCAUUCCCAAAUUUAGAAUAUCUUCUCCUAACUGUAACCAAAGCGCCUGUGUUGUCUAAAUCUCCUCACAGACUGGACAUCAACACCUGCUGUCCACCACCCCAGGACAUGUUUAUGUGGUUCACAUGUUUCAGCCCAGAGCCCUCUCCAGAUUAUUUAGUCCUUAACUUGAGAUGUGCUCCUCUGUCAUGUUUGUUUAUUUCCGGACGAUUUACAAACUGCUGUGACACUAUGUUCAAGCAAAUCAUAGUCCUGAAUUCCUCUGCUAAUGGUGGUCAAACUAUUUAAAAGUCAAAAUAAAAAUGUGAUUUACAUGAAAAAAA